AUGCCAAGUGAUGGCCAAGACGGGAGAGCAAAUGAUGGCCCAUACGAUCCCAAAAUCGACGAGGGAGAGGGGCGGCCCCUUGGCCGGGGCGAAGACCCGCAGGUGCGGCGCGCCGACGACGACGCCUCGUGCAGCAUCUCCUUCGGCUCGUCGCCGAAGGCCACAGGGCAGACUUCCGGUCGGGAGAGCAUCCUUGCGGCGUCCUCUCCCCAGCCGCCCUCCUCCGUCGGCCCCGGGUGGGCCACGCGGACGUCGCUGCUGUACGGCGACCUGCCUGAAUCGGACGGGACCGGCAGCCACGCACCGCCGCCGCCCCAGGCGUCUGCUGAACAAGCACCCCCAGCGGCGGGUGCGGCCCCGCCCGUUGUGACGCAUCCCGCGUCUGAAGGGGUGGGAACCACGCAGCCUCCCCAGACGCCCGUGGAACCUGGCCCUGUGUUCGCUCCGGCGGAUUGCGCAUCCACCGUGACGCCCGCGUUUUUGGUGACCAGCAGCCGGUUGAAUUGGGUGCCGGAGUCUGUCGGGCAGCCUGGGAGUGGGGGUUCUGAGAUCGGCCGGCCCAAAGAGGGGGAGGGCGCAAACAGGGACAGGAAGCCCCUUGCGCUGAAUUUGAGCCAGGAACCGGGCAAGGUGUGCGGGAGCUCCGGCGGGCAGACAGCGUCGCAGGGUGGAAGGACCGAUGACAGUGCCGCGUUCUGCACGCCCUGCAGCCAGUCGGAUCAGCCCACGCCAGCCAUGGUGGUGUAUUCGGUGCGGAGGAGCAAGCCAACGGAGUACCAGAUCACGCCAUACAGGUCUGACAGCGACAGUGAGGAACUCAGCAAAGGCAGGAAGCCCAUUCCUGACUGGUGCACAGAUCAAGAUGUUUUAGAGGAAGAGGCGAAGGCCCAGAACAAAACUGAAAAGGCCAAGCUGACUAAAUUGUUUGGGGCAGGCAAGAUGUUCUGCAAUCUGCAAGAGCUGUUUGGCAGGGAACCACUGACCUCCCAUAACCCAGCCAAGCGCUUCUGA